CGCGUCACUUCCAUGCGAACUUGGGGAGCUCUCUUGUGCUGGAUCCUUGCGUCCUGGUUGCUGUCAGCAGCGAGCUUCAACCAGCAUCUCAGUAGCAGGGGAACAGGACGGGAGGGACCAAGACUUGGUACCGUCGCCUCCCAUUUGACAUCCGGACCUCGAAGGCUGCACCUUCGAGGAGGAGGCGACGAGGAUGUCAGGGAGGAGAGAGAAAUGGAGGGUGGGGGAGGGGCUGACUUCGAGGCUUCGGACGAAGACAUGUUCGACGACAGAACUGUGGAGAUAAGCAAGUGUGUCAUGGACCUGACGGCGCAUGCUCGCAAGAGGACUGAGGUUGACUCCGAGAACGCGAACAUGGCAGGAAAGUACCUCGACAUUCAUGUCGGACAAAGUGCAAGCGCUGAAGACCUGAAAGAGAAGAUGGUUCAUCAGCUCAAUGGAACCUUGCUGGUUCCCGUCCACUUCAACACUCUAGCCCAGGCCUUGGCUUCCUGUCCCAGCGGUGGGAAGAUCGCGCUGCAAGCCGACAACUACAACUUGUCGCUCUAUCGUGUCAUCGUCCCCGAAGCGGUUCUCCUCCUCACCCUCCCCCUCCUCCUCCCCCUUCUUCUCCUCUCAGCUUCACUGCUUUCCCCUUCCUCCUUCGAGCUCUAGUCUGCUUUUUUCUUCUUCAUCACCUCAUCAAAUAGUUUCACGUCUC